AUGACCAGCAUCUUCACAUAUGGUGCUGUUGGAAAUAACCCAAUGGCGCAGAAGUAUGCCCAAAUGGCCUCCCGUGCCUCACUGUGUGGAUCAAAGAAUUUUGUCUACACGAAAUGCCACGACGACGCCCAUCCAUUUCCCCGUCAUCAUCAUCGUCAGAGUGAUAUACCGUGGAAAGACUCCUUCACGUGGAAUAGACUUCGAUGGAUUAUUCACGAUUUUCGUAUGUUUGGUCUAUGGGGAUCAAUAAAACGACAUUAUUAUAUUGGUGAACCAUGGCGACGAAAGGAUGAAAAGAUAUUUGUGGGUAAAGAUGAGAAUGGAAAUAAAUAUUGGUUAGCCCGUCGCUCACAAGCAAGUUUCCAUGUGCGUAUGGUGGAACCCAAAGAUCCUCACUGGUUUCGUGGACAAGCCCCACACACCGCUUCACCAAUGUGGAUGAAGUGGAUGCAGGGUAAUGCCGCACACACACCUGCACAAGUAAAGGCACGAGGAGAAUGGGGACACAACUCACGUCUUGGUAUGCCAUUGCCAUUUAAUAUUAAGUAUGAUGAGUUCUCACCUAUUAACGCGGGUGAAAUAUUCUCACGGGAUCCCAUGUGGGUAUCUGCACCUGGUCUCUUGGUGAAUCCUGAGCGUCGGGCAUUAGAGGAAGCUGGUUAUUCACGUUGGGUAAUUAAUAAAGGUAUGCCUAUUUAUAUGCCCUUCUGUGGGGUUCACGAUUAUCCGGAUGAACUUGUAGAAGAAUACUAUAGAGGACAAUGGGCUUUUGGUCGCACUAGUAAAGGAAAUGAUCAUGACGAAUGGAGAAACUAA